AAAAUCGUCACUAAGCCUUAGCAUAAUUUCUCUCCUUAUAAUAUCUAUAAAUAGAUGUAAUACCAUAUCGGAAGCCGAAGAAAUAGCAGAUUUGGCAAUAGAAUACCAUAAAAAGUUUCCAAAUGUUGUGGUUGGAUUAGAGCUUAGUGGUAAUCCAGGUUGUGGAAAGUUUGAAAAUUUCGUAAAAGUAUUUUCAAGAGCGAGAACUGCGGGCUUAAAAGUGACUCUGCACUGUGGUGAAAUCAGUAACCCAGAGGAAAUAUUGCAAAUGAUUCAGUUUAAGCCAGAUCGAAUCGGUCAUGGGACAUGUAUACAUCCUAAAUUUGGUGGAACUGAUGAUGCUUGGGAAGCUUUAUGUAAAUCUGGAAUACCUGUCGAGGUUUGCUUAACAAGCAAUGUUAAUACCAAGUCUGUUCCUGAUUACUCUUCACAUCAUUUUAAAUAUUUAUAUGAUGCUAAUAUACCUGUCAUUCUUUGUACAGAUGAUAAAGGAGUAUUUGCAACAUCUCUUUCGCAAGAAUAUAGAAUUUGCUUAGAUACAUUUUUGUUAGAUAAAGCGAAGAUAGCAAGUUUAGCACUUAAUGCCAGUAAAUAUAUUUUUGCGGAAGAUAAACAAAAAUUAGUGAGCGACAAAGUGCUGAAUUUUAUUGAUAAAAAUUGUGUGUAA